AUGUGCUUAAAUAAAAUAUUAUUCAUCAGCUGCAUGACAACCUCAUUUCGUUUUGAAGUUUCAUCAAGCAAUCGCUACUCGUUUUCGGCCGCAUUAGACUUCCUUCGAGAAACGUACAAAAAAAGUGGAUUAAAAUCGUUAUGGAGAGGAAAUUCAGCCACAAUGGUUCGUGUAGUUCCAUACGCUGCCAUACAAUUCGCAUCUCAUGAACAAUACAAAAGAAUAUUGCAUGUCGAUGCAAACGGAAUACAUACACCGUAUCGGAGGUUUUUGGCUGGAGCAAUGGCUGGUUUAACGGCAACGAUGUGUUUAUAUCCGUUGGAUACGGCCAAGGCUCGGCUAGCAACCACCACAACGAAACAAUAUCGGACGUUGAUAUCUGUCUUUGUUAAGAUGUACUCACAAGAGGGUUUUCGGUCGUUUUACAACGGUAUUGUACCGUCGUUGUUUGGGGUGUUGCAGUAUACGGGAGCGAGUUUUUUUACUUUUGGAACAUUGAAACUUCUUUAUCAAGAGCGCACUGGUGAAGCACCGUCACCAUAUCAUCGUCUUUUAUUCGGUGGUGUUUCGGGUGUAUUAGGACAAACUACUUCAUAUCCGUUAGAUAUCGUUCGUAGACGAAUGCAAACUGGCAGGGUGCCCUCGGGGCAGAGUGUCAUCAUCACGUUGUUUGUCAUUUAUAGAGAUGAAGGUUUUAUUAGAGGACUUUAUAAAGGCUUAAGUAUGAACUGGAUCAAGGGUCCAAUCGCCGCAGCGAUAAGCUUCACAACUUAUGAUUACGCAUUUCUUUACGUGAGCAAUUUAAUUAAAACAUUUUUGAAAGUAUCAAACAAUGAUUGA